AUGAAGUUACUCGCCGUUGUGAUUUUAACGUCAGCAGUUGUCCUGGCCGCCGGGCAGAGCCUGGACGAGUGUCUGCAGAGCGACAGCAUCUCCUGCGUGCAGAAGAGCCUCUAUCGGAAGGCGAAAGAUUUCUUCGAGGCGGAUAGCUACGAGCUGUUUAGUGGUGUUAGCUUGGUGAAGAACGAGCAAGGAAGGGGAUCCAGAACUAACAAAGAGCUGUUGUACGAACAGGAGAUCGACGCCGCCAACAGUGUCACCGACAGACAAAGCGCGCUCGAGAACUUCGUCAGCGACGAGGCUGGAGAGUUCCUCACUGGUCGCAGUCUGAAGAUCAACUUCGCUCCGGCAUUCGAGAAGAUCGGAGAGUCCGCUCGCGCUAUCAGUGACUCGGCGCCGGAAGAGGUGCGCCAGGCAGUCAAUGAGGUCGUCGAAGGCCGAGGCAAGAAGAAGAUACUGAAGUCGUUGUUACCGCUCCUGAUCGCGGCGAAAGUGAAAAUCGGUGCUCUAGCUACUUUGGCGUACUUCGCCAUCGGUCUUAUAGCCAAGAAGGCCAUCUUCGCGUCUCUCAUCUCGCUGGCUAUCUCCGCGUUUAUCGGCCUGAAAGCUCUCUGGUCGAAGAACUCCCACGACGUGACACCUUACAACGGAGGAUGGAGUGGUGGUGCCGCCGGUGGCGGAUGGUCAGCACCGGUCGCGAGCGGUGGAUGGUCCUCCGGUGGUGCCUCUUGGGACGAUUCUCACGGAUACGCUCAGAGUCAAGCGUAUUCUGGAUAUCACCACUAA